AUGUAUGUUGAUGAUUUGGUAAUUACUGGUAAUAAUUCGCCAUUUGUGGAAAGAAUCAUUGAUCAGCUUGGAAAAAAAUUCUCUCUUAAAGAUUUAGGGCCUCUUCACUUCUUUCUCGGCAUAGAAGUAAUACCAACAAGAGAUGGAAUAUUUCUAAGUCAACACAAAUAUAUCCGAGAGCUACUUGGAAAAACAAGUAUGAAGGGUGCCAAAGAUGUUACAACACCUCUGUCAACCUCAGUUUCUUUAAAGCUUGAUGAUGACACUUCCUCAUUUGAUGCCACAGAAUAUAGGAGAGUUAUUGGUGGACUGCAAUACCUCUCAUUGACUAGGCUUGAUAUCAGCUUUGCAGUCAACAAACUCUCUCAGUUCAUGCAUGCUCCUACUACAACUCACUGGACAACCACACAGAGAUUGCUGAGAUAUUUGAAGAAUAAAAUUUUCCAAGGCAUCACCAUAAGAAAAACAGCUAAUCCAGCCCUUUUAUGUUUCUCAGAUUCGGACUAG